AUGCAGAGUGCGAGCGUAGUCGGAUUCAAUUGCUUUGAAAGUUUAUCGACAGCGAGUAGAACAUGUGAGUUCUUCUACAAUAUCAUUUCAACGUAUCAGAUUGUUCCGAAUAAUGAUGGACAAUUUUAUUUCGUACAAUUUUCACCAACUAUUUCUCUAACAAUGACGACUGAGACACUAACUACUCAACGGAUUCAAAUGACUGAGCCUACUCAGCAAGCAGUUCAAGCUUUCUGA